AUGAAUGCUCAGAAUUCUUUGCGUGAAGUCAUCUCUACAGCUGUUCAACUCUGUAUUCCAAUGCCUGUAUUUAUUGCUGCAUUAGCAUUUUUUGAUGGUUAUCGUUCCGACGUUUUACCAGCUAGUUUAUUACUUACUGGCACAACGUGA